AACUAUUUUAUAAGACAAUUACCAAAUGCUGGUCGUGUCGUUGAACCUUUAACCGAUUUUCACAAAGAUGAAGUAAGAGAUAUAGGCAGAGAUCUCGGUCUACCAGCCGACUUAGUUGAACGACAACCAUUUCCAGGGCCAGGCCUAGCUAUCCGGAUUCUCUGUGCUGAAGAACCUUAUAUAGAAAAAGACUACUCAGAAACACAGGUUAUAGCAAAAGUUAUAGUUGAUUUUCAUAACAAACUAUUGAAAAACCAUGCAUUAAUAAAUCGCGUAAUUGGCUCUAUCACUGAAGCAGAAGAAAAGGAACUUAAGCGUAUUUCGUCCAUAGAUAAAGUGCAAGCUACUGUUUUACCUUUGCGAUCUGUCGGUGUACAGGGUGAUAAAAGAACUUAUAGCUAUGUGGUGGGGUUUUCUUGUAGCUCAGAACCCAAUUGGAAUGAUUUGAUAUUUUUGGCAAAAUUAAUUCCUCGUAUUCUUCAUAAUAUCAAUUGUGUUUGCUAUGUGUUUGGAGGUCCCGUGCAAUAUGAAAUUACGGAUAUAACUCAUACUACUCUUAAUGAAUACGUUUUAGAGCAACUAAGGGAAGCUGACGCUAUAGGAAACGAAAUAAUAAUUCAGGCAGGAGUACAUCGUGUAAUUUCGCAAAUGCCAAUUGUUUUGAUUCCCAUGUAUUUUGACAGAGAUCCGACGAAUCGAACUCCGUCUUGUUGUAGGUCAAUAGUCUUAAGACAAUUUUUAACAAAUGAUUUUAUGACCGGAGUACCAGUAAUACCAGGAUCUCUUCAGUUGCCAACACAGUUCUCCAUAACAUUGUUCACGAAAUAUCAAAAUUAGAUGGCAUAUCCCGAGUUUUAUACGACUUGACAUCUAAACCACCAGGUACAACCGAAUGGGAGUAACUCUAUUAUCUAAUUUUAACC